AUGGUGUACGUGGCCGACACCAGCGGCGAGCGCACCAACCCGACCUACGCGCGUGCUGCAACGCUGAGGGAAGAGGUCGACGCGCUCAAGGCCAAAGUCGCUCAUCUUGGGACCGAUAUCGCCCUCCUCCACGGCCGAAUCACUUACCUGUUCGCGCAGGUCGAAAGGGAGAGGCAAACGGCCAUAGCGUUCGUGUCGGCAAUGCACGCGCUCAGCACGGCUUUUGGGUGUGGGGGCUACAGCUUCCACGCCCAGCUGCGCAAGGUCUUCUGCCAGGACGAGAGCACCGCCCUUGGCCGCGAGGUUGCCAACGUCAACGCCGAGGUCAAGUGGGCCUUUGCAACCCACGCUGCAUGGUGGGACGUAAUGGCCUUUCGUGGCAGCGGCGGCUACCCCGUUAGCGACAUGCUCGAGCUGCUCGAGCUUGAGGACAAGGGUGCUCCGCUCGCCCACGACGCCAUCAUCUUCCUCCUCCUUGCCACCCGUCGGCACCACCUCAACGAUGACGACGAGCCGAGCGUGGCCGAGAUUAUGGAACACGUGAAGAGGGCGAGCAGCGGCUUUCCCACCGAGCGUCAGACUGUUUGGAUGGGGGGACUCGGCCUUGGCGCCAUGUCGUCAACAUCAGAGAAGGCGAGCAGCGGUGGUGGCGUUACUCCACUGGGUCACUGA